GAAAUCUUCGACUUUCCUGGGCCGCAGCUGUUCUUCGACAUGGUUGCCAGCGGGCGCAAGCGGGCCCUCGGCGCGCCAGCGGCCGGGCCAGUGCAUAAGCGGCUGAGGACAGGCCUGUUGGCGAUCACAGCCGGCCACCAGGCGCGCCGAGGAUUGGUCCCGCCCUUGAUCCCUGAGGAGAUGGAGCCCGGUGCCGUGGUCAAGCACGCGCUGGGACUGCAGCGCCCGUUCGGCCUUGACGCCCCCCUAGCGGACGAUCUGUUCGGAGCGGUGGACAUCCUGCGGAGGGGCUCAGAGGCGGCGUCGCGCAGUCGAUCGGAGGCCCGGAGCAAAUGGCAGGCGCGCGCGGAGGCGCUGAAAUCCGAAAGCCUAGAACAGAUCGCGGAGAUGCCUGACCCAUGGAUCCGACGGCUGUUCCUGAAUAGCCGCGUCAAGCCGAAGGGCGAGUACGAGCUCGGCGAGUUCGUCCACCUGGCCCUCUUCCGCGAGAUGCACCUGGCCGCGGGCGGCGUCGACGCGCAGUGCCACGACGAGUUUUGGCAGGGUUUGCCAAUUGUGGGGCGGGUCCGCCCUUCACGCAGGCAAGUGAAUCACGUCAUGCAGGAGUUUGGGCCAUUCGUUCUUGAUCGUUUCGAGUCUGCAUUCUUGGACCUGCCAGGGGCGGUAACCCACGACUCCGGGAGCAAGCCUGUUCGAAAAAUUCUUGAUUGGUUUGGCGCGACGCGAGACUUGAAGCAGAUGCGGAUGAAGGAUGCAGCUUGUGAAAAAUGGAAUAAGAUCAUCAGUGGAGCACGCGAGGUUGAAAACGCGCCGAUUGAGGAGACGGUGGACUACAACGCGUUGCGGCACGCCCGGAUACGGGUCGACUGCGUGGCCAUGUUGUUGUGGAGGGAGCGGUUCGCCAGGCUCGACGGCGACGGAUUCGAUAUACAUUUGCACAGCGAUGGGUCACCACAGUGGGCCGGGGUGGAAUUGUCCGCGUCCACGUUCGAUAUAUUGACACCUUGCGCGCAGAGCCCGAGCAAGUAUCAUGUGGGCAGGCGCCUGCUUCCGUUGAUCAAUAUCGGCAUGUCAAUGUUCAGUGCGCUUGGGAAGUGUUUCGCGCUCCUCUGGCAGGUCUUCCUCAUAGCUGGGCCGCGCUUCGAAGAUGUUCGCACAUUUCUUAACAGAGUACGCUCGCUGACAGUUGACUUCGGCACUGAGCGGUUGCUGGCGGAUUACGAGGACGUCCUGCCGUGGUUCCUCAGGUCCUUAAGCGGCGUGGUGCCGUCGAGGUUUUUACAAGUAAGUCAUUUGCUGCCACGUUGCUUGUUGGCUCCAGGGUGGCGGCACACGGUGGAUCGCAUCAUCAGGCGAACGUGUGGCGGCUUGCCUUUCUUCCCCCUCUUUCUCCGCAGAGUCAAAGCCAUCAGCAAUUUCGUGAGGCACUAUAGGUUGGAUUCGACACGGCUGCUCAAGGAUGUGGAGGCGUUCGGCGCGGCCGAUCUUGUGCAGACUGCGUCUUUGCCGUAUUUUGCGGAGUGGAGGUGGGGAACUUCACAUGGAGUCUUGAAGUCGCUCGAAUCCUGCAUCGUGGCCGUCAUGGUGUCGAUUGACCUCGGCGCGUUUAUCAAGAGGCAGUCGGCAACCAAGAUGGUCAAAGACGUCCAGGAGGCAUUCGGAUCGGUGCAGUUUCACAUUGAAUUGAAGUUCAUGGUGUGGUUUACCAGUUGGUUGACUGAGUUGCAGAAUGCAGCGACGUGGUGUCCUUGUCAUUUGGGGGCUUGCAAGAGGAAGGAGUACCCUGACUGCAACGUGCGUGGCCGUAUACUGCCAAUCGUUCCGGAUAUCAGGUCACAUUCCCUUGCUGAAUCCAUUGCUACGAUGGAACAGUGGACGGUCACGCAGUGGAGAGAUGCAAAUACAUUGAGGCUUUUGCAAGGCAGCGUGCGGUGGGCGCACGGCCUGAUUCUCGAGGUCACACGGUUUGCAUAUGUGAUCCCGUACCUUUUCAACCGGCUUGAUCAGCCUCAUGUGAAGGAGGAGUGCGUUCGUCAGUACACGUCGAAAAGCCACGACCAGCAUCAUGGAGUUUCGCAGUAUUUCAUGGAUCCCGCUGGCCCCAUGCGGCGACUAGUUGAUGGUGAAAUCAACGAUGAGCAUCUCAAGAGGGAGGUCGAGUCCGUCGCCAACAUCAGUCUUGACGACAAUGUGGAGAGUAGGAAGCUUGGGCGCAACCCACGGUGUGCGAAAAAAUUGUUCACGGACAAGCUGUACAUGGUGCUCAGCGGCUUCUGCGACGGCUUUGGCGAGGGCGAUGCCGAGCAGGAUGACGAUGGGGAUGGCGAUUGCCCGACCUUCGACGAUAUCGACGGUGGUGGCGGAGCUCUCGUCGCGCGCCGACCUCCGAAGCGUCCUAAGCCAGAUGUUGCUGCCACUGGCGACGGCGGAGAUCGACGUCGGCUUCGCGAGCAGGUCGACAUGGCGAUGCUUGUGCGUGAGUGGCUGAUCAGCUCAACCAAGCAGUUCGAGUAUCUGAGCCUUUGGGCUACCAACGCCGAUGGCAACAUGCAGAUCAGAGUGCUCCAGAUCCUGAGUUGUAACGUCAACGUCGCGAGCGUCGCGACGUUCGAGAGCACCAAGCCCAAUGAGUUCGGCUUGAAGGUCUGCGUCCAAGAGCUGGAGGUGUGGAAAGUGGACACCAUGCGCUACGACACGAAUCUGAUUGACGUGUUCACGGCCCCCCCUCCAGAGCAUGUCGACAUGCUCGGCCUUGUUGGCGCAGGCGAGAGGAACAGGCGCCAGAUGAAGUACUGGACUUGGGCCGAGUCUGACUUGGACGGCUGUCUGGCGCUCACUUCUCCACGACCGCGCUGCCCGACGGUGGAGCUCAAGGACGCGCCUGUCCUCAACGGGUGCGUUCAAUUCAAGUCGAAUGGACCUCAGGCGUACUUCAAGGCAUUACCGAAGGAUCCAACGACGGUGCCAGGGCUGCCAGCAAUCAAAUACACUGAAAAUGACGGUGGAUCUCACGACGGCCCAGCUCCAGCACAACUACUGGGGCUUCCGACCAGGUCGGCCACGAGUGAGGCGGUGGCGAGAGUUGAUGCAGACAUCGACGGCGACGAUGGCUCCCUCCAUCGCGUGCCAGCUCCGCUACAGCUUGCAGAUGACGGCGGCUCCAGCGCACACUCGCGCACAUCUCCGUCGCGCGCUUCUGUCGAUGAAGGCUCCGUGGACGGAGACAACGCUGUCGGGCCAGACUCGUGCCCGCCCUUCAUCGACGGCAUGGCCGCCACUCGGGAAUCCCACCUUGGCCGGGGGGGCUUCGGGCUGAGAGUGAAAUUCUCGGGCCCAUCUCACGUGAAUUGCAGUUGCUACCGAUCAGUUAAGCUGUGGACGGAGAAGUUUGGGGUUGAUGCACCAGCGUUGUUUCUGAACACGUGGAUGGCCAAGAGUUUGGACAACACCAAGAAAUGGAACGGCUACGUCUUCCACGCUAGCCCGUGCUGGAACAACAUUCGGGCUCGCCAUCGCGUCUGCAAUGCCACCCAGAACGGCCUCAGGCGCGAGCUCGAGUUGAUGAGCGGCGAUCCUGAGAAGUGGCGCUGCGAGGCGAUGCAGUUCGAUCGGGCUCGCUUUGAUAGCAACCGAUUGCAUGCGCGCGAAGCUCUGACGAAGCAGCUUGCAGACUACGAGCUCGAGCUGCAGCGCAAGUCUGAGCUGACCUUGAAUGACGCCGCGAAGUGCACCAAGGCACAGUACAAGAAGGCGAAGUUGAGGGGCAUGGAUUCGGACGAGGCGAGCGCCGAGUGGGACAGUGAGUACGCAGAACACCCGACGGUCAACAGGAAGGGCGAGAAGUGCAUUGCCAUUGAGGGCCCCGAGGUGACCAGGAAGUUGGAGGGGGCGGAGCGCCAGGGCGUGAAGCGAGGUCUGAUCGAGUCGGCGCCUGGAACCUCCUCUUGGAGCUCAGGGGCGGCGUCCUCUGGUGGCGAUGGGGCUAGUCCAGCUUCGGGGCGAACUGGCGGGAAGAGCGGCGCCAACCUGACGGAGGUGAACAUCCAGCGCCCCGCGGAUGCAUUCAAUGAGAUUGGAGAGGAUGGCGUUGUCUCAGUGGUGAGCACGCGCACUCGCGUCUCACGCGGCGCCCGCUUGGCGUCGCAGCUGCAGCCGUCGCAGGGCUUCCUGCAACAGAUGACAUCAGCACCGCGCUUCGGCUCGUUGGCCAAAGGCGAGCUCGAGAAUAUCGGCCCCGCCAAGGUGGAUGAAGUUCCAUCUCUCGAGGAGGCGCUAACGAACAUCCAGAAGCAGAGGUCCGCGUGCUUCGAGCAGGUGCAAACCCUCGCGGAUCAGCUGAAUUUCAAGUUCCAGGAGGUUUGCUCUGAACAGAGGUCCGAAUACCAGAAGAACCGCUGGGGGAAGACGAAGAUCCAACAUAUGUCCAGCAAAGGAGGCUUUGGCCUGAACUUGUCCAAGUGGGCGUCGGAGCAGAUCCACAGCACGGCUAGCCUCAGUGGCGCCAGCACGGAUGGUGUCAUCUGUUUGUGUGAGAAGGCGCAGCUCAACCCCGAGGGCGGUUCCUUCGACGUGGCCAAGCUGGCUCUCUUCACGGGCGAGAGCCCCAACGAAGACUGCCAGUCGCAUAGUGCGUGGUGGGGCAUGAAGCUGCUGCUGGACGAUGCCGCGAAGGUCUUCAUCGACAGCAAGAUCACCAGCAUGAAGGCUGAGAUGGCCAACCACCCGCUGCGGCCAGGUGCGAUGGGGAGGGUGUCAGAUUGCUUCGCAAACGUCGACGCGGUCGCCACCUUGGGCGCGCAGAACACCAAGGAGAAGGGCUCGGAGUGCUGGCUCGUGUGUGCGAGAGCUGGCGUCUAUCGCAUUGGUCCUCAGAGCGUGCCCAUGCCAGGCACGCCAUCGAUCACUGUCGCCAUGGACAAGCCGCUCUUGGUCCACGCCGUGCGCAUGAAGGACUUCUUGAGCCAGGGCAUCGCCGUGAACAACUACGAGCAGUUCCUCGCGACAGCGACGGGAGCAGACAUCAUCAAGCAGUCAACGUUGGUGAUCGUCAACCCAGGGGACAGCUUGUACGUUCCCACGGCGUGGUGGUGGUCCUUGACGGUGCUCGCGGGGCUCCGCGACACGGUUGCAUCAGACGAGUCGAGGGCGAAGGGGCCACCGAAGGCGAAGGCGAAGGCUUCCGCCACGGCUCCAGCUCCAGGUCAGGACACGGUCGGCAUGGCCACGGUGGUGCCAGUCUACUCCCCGUCGCUUUGGGGCACCGCCCAGAGCAAUGAGCAGGGGGCGAUCGUCGCUUUGAACAAGGCCCACUUCGACACGAAGAAGGGUCGUGCGAUGUGGGAUGAGCGUGGGGGCGCGCAGCCGUCACUGACGGCUGUCGUGAUCGAGUUCGGCUUUGCCGCUGCGGCAUCCGAGCCGUUUGCUGGACGAACCGCCCGCGUGCACUCAUGGUCCAGCGACGCGCCCGUCGCGCGGAACGAGCGGCCAGAUGCUGUGGCCGUGUCACAACGUAUGGGUGCUUGCGUUGACAGCGCGGCCGCGCUGCGCGUCCCAUUAGAGCGCGAUCUCGCGAGCGCGGGCAUGCGUCAAAAGGCGCAUCGGAUGUUCGAUGCGCUGAUCUUGGCGUUGCAUGAGGACGUGGCUCGGCAUGUAGGAACGCCCGACUGGAUCGCCACAGAGAGGUUCGGCGUGGUCCAGAAAUGCAGGACUCGUGGAGUUGACAACGCCACGCUCGUGAAUGAGGCAGCCUGCGCCACGGAGAAACUGCAGGUGCUCUCCACCGACCAUAACCUAUCUGCUCUCAAGGUGCUUCGGGCCACCGCGGGCAGGCGUCUCGCCGGCUGGGUGCUCGAUGAGUCAAACGCUUACCGCCAGAUCCCAGUGCUCCCAGAGCACCGCCGGUACGCCGUUGUCGUACUGUGGGGCCCCUUCAAGAGGAGGCCAGCGUAUUUCGUGAUGAUCGGUCCAUCGUUCGGGAACCUUGCUUCGGUGCACAACUACAACCGCUGGGCCUCGAUCGUGACUGACAUCCUCGUGAAGCUUUUCCAUCUGUUCGCCUUCAACUACUACGACGACAAGUUCGGCUUCACGACGGGCGCGCUUGUAUCGGAGGAGAUUGCCUUGACUGCAGAGGUUCGCACUUGGCUCGGCAUCGACUUUUCAGCUAGAAAGUUGCAGGCAGGGCAGGAGAUCGACGUGCUGGGCGUGUCCUACGACUUCGCGAGGGAGCAGCUGCGCGUGGCCGGGGCGCGCAAGGCGGAGCUGACCUCGGCCACAGCGGACGUCCUGCGCGCCGGUGUGCUCGAGCCGGGGCCAGCGGGGAAGCUCCGCGGCAAGCUCGGCUUCGUGUCCGGUCGCUACAGAGGGCGUUUCGGCCGGAGCAUCCUGCGUGCCCUUUCCGAGCGGCAGUGUGCGAAGCUGCGGCAGGUAAAUCGCCCGUGGUGA